AAAGCGAAAGCGAGAGCCAGUUCGCCGUGGCUUGGAAAGCGUCGCCAGCGCUCAGAAGGGGGAAAGCAAGUACAGACUGCGCGCGAGCACUUAAGAGGUCGGUCCUCACCACUUAAUGCAACGACCUCCGGAGCUGCCGUGCCGGGGCCGCCACUGCUCUCUCUGACAGGCAGAACGCCUUCUGUCCCAGGAGGGACGUGCUGAUGAGCAGGGGGUCCAGGGGAUCUUUACUGAUAACACCAUGCGGCUCCUGGACCUGAGACCCUGGGCCUCCCUGCUGUUGGUGGACCUGGCCUUACUCUGGCUGCUUCAGGGCACUCUGGGGGCUCUGCUUCCCCGAGGGCUUCUAGGCCUGUGGCUGGAGGGGACCCUGCGACUGGGAGGGCUCUGGUGGCUGCUAAUGCUGGGAGGGCUUCUGGGGCAUGUGGGAACACUGCUGCCCCUACUCUGCCUGGGGACCCCCCUGUUUCUGUCCCUGAGGGCACUGGUGAUGGGGCCCUUGAGUGCUCCCCCAGUCAGAGCAGCUUCAGCCCCUUGGAGCUGGCUGCUGGUGGGGUAUGGGGCUGCAGGGCUCAGCUAUGCAGUGUGGGCCAUGCUGAGCCCCCAAGAGAGGGACCAGGGCCAGGAGAACAGCAAAGCCUUGAUGUGGAGGCUGCUGAAGCUCUCCAGGCCAGACCUGCCUUUCCUCUCUGCCGCCUUCUUCUUCCUCAUAGUUGCUGUGUUGGGUGAGACGUUUAUCCCUUACUAUUCUGGUCGUGUGAUUGACAUUCUGGGAGGUGAUUUUGACCCCGACGCCUUCGGCAGUGCCAUCUUUUUCAUGUGUCUCUUUUCCGUUGGGAGCUCACUGUCUUCAGGCUGUCGAGGAAGCUGCUUUCUCAUAACCAUGUCCAGAAUCAACCUGCGCAUCCGGGAGCGACUUUUCUCCUCCCUGCUGCGCCAGGACCUCGGUUUCUUCCAGGAGACUAAGACAGGGGAGCUGACUUCAAGGCUGAAUUCGGAUACCAAACUAAUGAGUUGCUGGCUUCCUUUGAAUGCCAACGUGCUGUUGCGAAGCCUGGUGAAAGUGGUGGGACUGUAUACCUUCAUGCUCAACCUGUCACCUCGACUCACCCUCCUUUCCCUGCUCAAGUUGCCUCUUAUAAUAUCCACUGAGAAAGUGUACAGUGUCCGCCAGCAGGCAGUGCUUCUGGAGAUCCAGGAUGCAGUGGUGAAAGCAGGGCAGGUGGUGCAGGAGGCAGUUGGAGGGCUGCAGACUGUGCGUAGCUUUGGGGCCGAGGAGCAAGAGGUCUGUCGCUAUAAAGAGGCUCUUGAAAAACACCGGCAGCUGUGCUGGCGUCGAGACCUGGAACGUGCCCUUUACGUACUCCUACAGAGGAUGCUGAACUUGGCGCUGCAGGUGCUGAUGCUGAGCUGCGGAUUGCAGCAGGUCCUGGCCGGGGACCUCACCCGCGGUGGACUGCUCUCCUUCCUGCUCUUCCAGGAGAACGUGGGCUCCUACGUGUGUACCCUGGUAUACAUGUGUGGGGAUAUGCUGAGCAAUGUGGGGGCUGCUGAAAAGGUCUUUCGCUACCUGGACCGACAGCCAAACCUGCCUCCACCCGGAACCCGGGCCCCUCCCGCCCUGCAGGGGCUUGUGGAGUUCCAGGAUGUCUCCUUUGCAUAUCCCAGUCGUCCUGACCAGCCUGUGCUCAAGGGGCUGUCGUUCACCCUGUGUCCGGGUCAGGUGACUGCACUGGUGGGACCCAAUGGGUCUGGGAAGAGCACAGUGGCUGCCCUGCUGCAGAAUCUGUACCAGCCCACCGGGGGGCAGCUGUUGCUCGACGGGGAGCCCAUCGCCCAGUACGAACACCACUACCUGCACCGACAGGUGGCCCUGGUCGGGCAGGAGCCUGUGCUGUUUUCGGGUUCUGUGAGGGACAACAUCGCUUACGGGCUGAAGAACUGCAGUGAUGACAAGGUGAUGGCUGCCGCCCGGGCUGCCAGCGCUGAGGAGUUUAUCAACGACAUGCAGCAUGGCCUGGAUACAGAUGUAGGGGAGAAAGGGAACCAGCUGGCUGUGGGACAGAAACAACGGCUGGCCAUUGCCCGGGCCCUCGUGAGGGACCCGCGCGUCCUCAUACUGGAUGAAGCCACCAGCGCCCUGGACGUGCAGUGCGAGCAAGCGCUGCAGGACUGGAAAUCCCGCGGGGACCGCACAGUGCUGGUGAUCGCUCACAGGCUGCAAACCGUUCAGAGCGCUGACCAGAUCCUGGUGCUCCGGCAGGGGGCGCUGCUGCAGCACGCCCAGCUCCUGCAGGGGCAGGACCCCUAUUGCCGCCUGGUGCAGCAGCUGCAGGACUGAGGCCCCGGGGACCUGCGCCCAUCCCACGGCCAUCUGCAUUGCCCGGGGGAGCUCCUGCUUCCAGGGUCCCUGGGGCUGUGGCCCUGGGUGGUUGUUUCUGGGGCUGGGGACCUGAAGGAGUGACCACGUGUGCUUUCAUCCCGCAACCAGGUGGAGGUGCUGAGCUCCAGAACUUUCUCUCCAUGAUGAACAGAUCUUUGCCUGGGGCUGAGUACGGUAUUGCGACACAAUAAAUAUAUUUUUAAAUA